GAUUUUCUUCCUCCCUCCCUUCCCCACCUUUCUCCAUUAGGUAGUCUAGUCACACACACUGUUUUGUUCUUGUCGUCUUCCCUUCUUACUUGACACAAUCCCAAUUUUCCCAUAUUCAAUAUUCAUCAUCAUCAUCACCACAACUUCACCAGAUAUUAUUAUUAUUCAUUCCCCCCCAUUUUCCUCAUCACACCCCAAUUUCAUACUCAAAAGAAAAAACACUUUCCAAGUUCCAACCAUGCCAACUUGACAAAAAUCUCAUUCCUAUGGUCUAAACUAAACAAAUAAUCUCUUUCUUUCUUAUCAAUUUCCAUCACUAAGCACUUAUUUCAAAAAUCAACUUAUAGAGUCCAAAAAGUUCACAUGGGAUUGCGAACAACCAAUAGAAGAAGCAGCAUAAUCAACAACAAAAUACUCAUUAAUGGAAUCAAUAAAGAAAUCGUUCGACGAAUUUUACUCACACUACGCGCGAGAAUCACUCGAAGAAUUAUCUGAAGAAAUACCAUUCACAAUCACCGACCCAUCACUUUCAAACCACCCAAUAAUCUUCGCUAGCCACGCGUUUCUCAACAUCACUGGCUUCACGCGCGACGAAGUUCUUGGUAGAAGUGGUUCCAUGUUUCAAGGUUCAGCGACAUGUCGUAGGUCGGUGAUGGAAAUUCGUGAAGCUGUUAGGGAAGAAAGAGAAACGAACGUUGUUUUGGUUAAUUAUAGAAAAAACGGCACGCCGUUUUGGGUUUUCUUAACUGUUUCUCCUGUUUUUUGUGUCAAAAGUGGUGCUGUUGUUCAUUUUGUUGCUGUUCAAGUUCCGUUGAAAUUAAGGGUUUAUGGUGGUGGUGGUUCUGUUGUGGUGAAUCAUGAUUUUAUGUUUCGGUGUUGUCGGAAAGAGGUUUGUUCGGAUAGUUUGGUUGAACUUGAUCGUGUUUCUUCCAGGAAUCAAGUGUUGGAUUUGGAACAUGAUGAUGAUGAUGUCACUGAUUUGGAGAGUGAAGAGCCACGCGAGGCAAGUGAUGAUGAAAGGAGAAGUGCUGUGACUGCCAUGGACAAUAUCUUUUCUGUGCUAACCCACUAUAGCGAGUUGACGGGAAGAUUGGUGUGUAGAAAGAGAUGCAGCAAUCCUGCCGUGGGUCUUCUUAGCUCUUCCUUGAUUAUUUCUCUUGGUAGAAUCAAACAAAGCUUUGUAUUAACUAAUCCACAUUUACCAGACAUGCCUAUUGUUUAUGCCAGUGAUGCCUUCAUGAAAUUGACAGGUUAUACGAGAGAUGAGGUAUUGGGCCGCAACUGUAGAUUUUUAGGUGGAAGAAAUACCGACGACUCAGCUCUACAACUGAUAAGGGAGAGCAUCAAAACUGAAAAACUAUGCACAGUACGUAUUUUGAAUUACAGGAAGGAUAAAAGCUCAUUUUGGAAUCUUCUUCACAUAUCACCUGUUCGGGAUGCUACUGGAAAGGUAGCAUACUUUGUGGGAGUUCAAAUAGAAGACGCCUAUAAAAUCGAGGAAUAUAGACAGUGUUGGAAACCUGAUAUGAAACAGCUUAGUGUGGUUGGUGCAGUCAAGGUUGCAGUGAGGAGUUUAUCCAUGUCUGCUGGUUCAUCAAAGACAUAGUCAUAGGAUUACUCAUGGUGGGUUUUUUUUGCCUUUGGCAUGUAUAAUAUAUGGUUUUCAUAUAUUAUGCUUGCUUCCCCAAAAAACGUUGCUCCAUUGGGAAAAAUUAUCCAUCUCAACUAGUUAUCGUUGAGAUGAUAGAGGGCUGAAAGAUUGACUUAUGAAAGAAAAUAUCCACAUUGUCAAUUGUAAUUGUAACUUGUAAAAAACUAAACAUUCUGUGUUGGAAGUCUAUAAAAUAUGCUCUAUUUCUAGCAAAAAAAAACUAAGACUUGUACUGACUUUACCACAUCUUUCUAUAGUUGAAGUGACAAUGCAACCUUAA